CGCGCCACGCGAAUAUUCGGUGAUUUUCGCGCCAUUUCUUACGGAUAAGUGAUUUGAUAUACAACGGUAAGAGACUUUUGACUGUUAUCAACUUAUUAUUAAUGCGAUACUAAUUUAAUAGAGAACUUAUUAAUUAUGUAUAUUGUACUAUAAAUUAUACUUUAUUGAAAAAGUUGUGCACAUUUUAUUUUUAACUGGGUUCAAGAUGGUUUCUGCGACCAGUUUGUACGCUGUGUUGAUUAUUAUGGGUGUGGGCAGAGCAUCAGUUCUCUCGCGGGCAGGUAGCCAGGAGGUUCGCUGUGGCAGACGGCUGGUGUCAGGUCUAUUCUCACGCCCCAGUCUACCGCUGGGCUACUCCUACAUUACGAGCGUGCCUCGGGGCGCGUGUCGACUCAACGUGUCGGAGAUCGUGCCGGGAGAUAAUUAUAUAGCUUUGAAAAUAACAAAUGGCUCCUACAUUAUGAAUGGAGAAUUUGCGGUGAGCGCACCGGGUACUUACGAAGCGGCGGGCGCAAGAUUUAUAUACACCAGGACGUUGGGACAGGAUUCUGUGUUUGCUCUUGGUCCUAUACUCAACCCAGUUGAUAUAAUGAUAUUAUACACGCAACCCAACCCAAUUAUAAAAUAUGAAUACUAUACUGAUGCAAUGCCAGGAGAAGUUGAUAUUGAAUCUGUAACCAGUCUACCGGAAUCUACAGCAUCUCCCAAACAUAUACGGCGACAUCAUGGGAUGGAAAGUCACUUGAGAGUAGAUAGAUAUCCCGAUGUUGCUCGGCUUGCAAAAGAGAAGGAAAACGUUAUAGAAGGAAUUGGAGGGACGCGGAAGUUUGUUUGGAAAAUUCUGUCUUACACCCAGUGUUCAAGAAGUUGUGGAGGAGGAUUCCAAGUAGGCAAGUACCGAUGUGUCGAAUCCAGCAAUUCUGGUGAUCGCGAAGUAUCGCCUGUCCAUUGUUCAGGAUCUGCACCAAAUGGCAGACGUCGCCGCUGUAGCAAUAUUCCGUGCGCUCCAAGAUGGAGAGUUGCAAACUGGUCUCCUUGUCCUCAAUGCGGACCUGCCAACAAAACUAGGAUUGUCGGAUGCGUUCAGGAUCAUAGCAAGGGAAUAACUAAGGUUAGCGACCUGCAAUGCUCCCAGCCAAAGCCGUCUGUAACAGAAACAUGUAACAUACCUAAUUGUAAUUCACCUGAGGUCAGACAGGUCGAACGUAAGCGAAGCAAGCCGGAAGAUAACACUGAUGUGUUUAGAGAAGGACCUGUUUAUACAAUAUCUGUCAACAGUUCCCACUCAGACUUUGGACCUGAAUAUAGCUUUGGUGUGGCUGGAUGGCUGUCGACGUCAUGGUCUGAGUGCGUAGGUUGGUGUGUGGGGCACGGUGUUCAAACCAGAUCUGUGAGAUGUGCCGAUCCAUCAGGCUGUACCCCGAUGAAGUCACCAGAAACCUCAAGGUCCUGCAUUCCAAAGAUACCCUGUGAAUCUCACGAUGGGCACUGGUUCACAGGUGAUUGGUCAACGUGUACUUCGCAAUGUGGAGGCAGGCAAGUACGAGGGGUGCUUUGUAUUGGAGGCACGGGGAGACAUUUAAAGGACUCUGCUUGUAAAACCCCGAAACCAGAAAGCGAGAGAUCUUGCGGAGAGCACUGCCGUUCCAGUUGGUACACCAGCGAAUGGGGUCAGUGUACAGGUAAUUGCAGUCUUGGUGUAGCCAUUCAGCGUAGAACAGUAAUAUGUGUACCAAGAGAUGAACAGUCAACCAGUGAUAGCGAGUGUAUUGGGAGAAGACCUCACGACGUCCAGCCAUGCAGCUUGACCUGUGACACCUCCAAGGCGACCAAAAUCACAGCAAAAUCUCAGAGAGCUUCAAACGACAGACCUUCACCGGAACACAGCACUCCUGGACUAUCACAAAUGAAAGAUUGCGAAGACAAGUUAACGAACUGCGCUCUCGCUGUUCAGGCCAGGCUUUGUCAUUAUAAAUAUUAUAUUCAUAACUGUUGCAAUUCAUGUAAGUAGAAUAUUAUUGAUAAUAAACUCUUUGCAAAAUAUUCUAGUGUCCAUAAUUAGUAAAUACAUAUUACUUAGUUGUAUGAUAAAUAUCUCUGUCCUUUAUAAAUAUUAUUGUUAUUAAAUAGUACAUAAAUAAAUUUGAAAGCCUAAUUUCUAAGUACAUUUUGCCUACUUUGUGCCAUUGUAAACUUAAUAAAGUAUUAAUUUAUUAGUAACAUUUAUUUAUAUCAAAAUGUUAAUUUUAUUUCGGUGUGAUAAAUAAUAUUAU